ACCUUAACUGCAGUGUAUGAUGCUUUAUUAGAAGAUUUAGUAUAUCCUGUAGAGAUUGUUGGCAAACGCAUCAGAAUUAAACUAGAUGGUACACAACUCAUCAAAGUUCAUUUAGAUAAAAAUGAACAAACAAACAUUGAACAUAAGGUCGACACCUUUGCAGCUGUGUAUAAGAAGCUAACAGGUCGGGAUGUAACAUUCGAAUUCCCAGAAACCUAUGUAUAA